GGCAUCCUCUCGUCAUCAGCCACUUGCACCCUGAGAGGCCCUAGCAACUACCCUUUAGAUCACUACAAUCCCGUGAUCAUGUCCCGGUAAACGGCCUCCCCAGACAUAUUAUGCUCUUCACGUCAUCGUGUCUCACAUCUGUAUCUGUCUCAGCGCGGCUACAAGUGCUGUCCGAAUCACCAAUAUCUGUCUUGUUUAUCAUCUCUUUUAUCAUCUCUCAACGUUGCGUCCAGCAAUCAGCUGUUCUCUGUGAACAUUAACUUCUCCUCUGUUCUCAGUAUUCCCAUCACGGCUUCAUCAUGGCCCUCCAAAGCAGACCAGAGCCUAUGAACGCGUCGCCUCACCAUUCUAAGGUGAAGGUCUCACUCACUCUCUCAGAUCCUGUCUUCAUCGGAGGGGGAAAUGUUGCGGGAAAGAUGGAGAUGGAAUGUCGCGCAGAUGGGGAAGUCGGUCUUGGUUUAGGAGUGAUGAUGAUCGAGCUAUUUGCCAUACAAGGCUCUCACCAUUUUCCAGAGGUAAACUCGAGAGAUCACUCUGCUACAUCGACGUUCUUGCACUCGCGGCGUUUAUUUCAAGGACCGGGUCUCCCUCCCUCUAACGCAGUUCAUCCCGAUCACACGGAGGGGAUUCCUGCUCAGUACUUUCCUGCCAGGCGAGGACAAACCACAUUCUUCUUCAAGUUCACUCUGCCUCCAACAUCUCCGUCUUCAUUAACCUUUGGUCCUGCUCAGAUCAGAUACGAGGUUCGUGCUAGCGUUGGCGUCGCUUGGAAAGGAGAGAAGCGUCUCGUCACCAAUAAACGCGACGUCAACGUGGUGGAAGCUUGGAGCGAACAGUAUCCAUCGCUGCCACGUGGUGUUGCAGUCAUUGAAGGAGGAAAGCUCUGGGCUCAAGCUUUGAUGAAUACCGUCAUUGUCGCGGGGAAAAGCGCCUGGAUCGAGUUGCAGCUGAAGAAUCAUUCACAACGAUGGACGUCGGGAGUCUCAUUGAAACUAUCACGGAGUCUUCAUCUAUCUCAUGCUCCUGCAACGUCCGAUCCUGCUGUAGAUGUUGAAGAGAUCGUCACCCAAGUGGAAUUUGAUGGACCCGAAUAUACCGUGCCUCCAGGUAUAGAAGGCGCUGCAAACCUUGUAAUUGAUGUUCCUCGCCACGCACGAGGGGUCAAAGGUGGUAUUCGCGAAGGUGAAAACGGGAAGAUGACAGAUGGUCUUUUUGAGGUGAGAUGUAUAUUGAGCAUACGGGUUCUUGCCCCUGCGGCGAGCGAGGAACUGGUUAUCAAUAUUCCAGUUACCAUCUAUCAUGAACUCGCUGUGCCCGACCCGUCAAUCCACAACCAAUCAUAUUCACCUGGUCUGGAUGUUGCUUCACCACCGCCUAUAUCGCCACCAUUGUCCCCUCAUACCGAACAGUACCUUGCGCACGCUUCAUUUCCUUACCCUAUACAACCCAUGGCAAGUGGCAUGCCCUGGACACCUUCUCCGGCCAUACCGAUUUAUCCAGCAUCCUCUGCACCUCAAGAAACUUAUAUACAUCAAGCCAUGAGUCCUCCACCCGUUCAUCCUAACCCCUACGGCGUCACGGUUCCCAGACCUGCGAGCACUCAGCCCUUACACCCUGGUCAUUAUGAUUAUGGCAUGGCUUCUGCCAUCCCUUUCCCUUCCGCAUAUCCGCCACUACCCCCUAUGCCUUCUCAAUCCUCGCAGUCGGUGAAUACCCAUGUUUCGGGCGGGCAAGAGGCUCAAAGUGAAGAGGGUAAAGGCGUUCGGGCUUCGCGUAUCACGCGUACUCUCCGUCUAUCCACUCGUCAUCGCUCUGUCUCUCCUACAUCUCAUCGAUUCUCAAUACAUCCUACUCAAUCUCAGCAGCCAUCUGCAGAUAUACUGUUUGAACGCCCGCAGCUUGACCCUGUUGAUAUUCCCGAGCUGCCGAACCCUCACGACUCUGAGGGUCUACUCCAUUCCCCUCUCCCUGUCCGCUCUCCUAGGCAGUCGUUGUCUGGAGGGUCCGCCAAGAGCGAAAGCGUCCAUGCUCUCGAACUAAUGGCAAAUGAAGUCAAGAGACGAAGCGAAGAUCUAAGCGCUGACCUACCGAAAGGAUCAAGAUUGUCCAACAAUAUCAGAGUCAAACCUCCUAGCGACAAGUCAAUUUCAGGACCUUUAACCUCUGAGAAAUCGGACAAGGAACAUGCUAUACGGACCAAACCACGGGUUGAAACAGUAUUUGAAGCUCCUGAGCAGGCAUCACCUCCUUCCCAACCUGUUGUUGUAUCGCAGCCACCAUCUUCCAAGCCCGUUGUUUCUCCGCAGCUCCCUCCAACACCGCCUGCGAUUACCCCCAUCAAAUUCCCUCGUUCGUUCACUGGCUUAGAUGCAUCUGGGAAGGAUGACAACGAAAGUGGCUUGGAUGCGCUCGAGAAACGUUUGCUCGCUGAGGUUGGAACUCGAAAACUAGAACCCGAGCCACGCCCUGAUGUGCGCAUGGUGAUCCAGCCUAUCGCUAUUCCUCCGGGAGAGACCACUCAAGGUCUCAACGACAGCGCCAUUUCCAGUCUAUCUCUACAGGAACGGGCAGCGUUCCUCAAACCCUCAGAAUCUGAGAAGGAACAAGAUCUUGAGCUCGAGCUCGAUCAUGACCAGGAUUCCGACGUAAAAACUCAACAUGUUGCUGGUGCUCAUAGUCAACAUAGUGACGAUGAAAUGAGGACUCAGAGAGGACGUUCUAGCAAGCAGAAGGAGAAGGGUAGCGACAUGACUCGGAACGAUGGCAGCAAGCAGAAGAAGACGAGACACGAGGACGUAAAGAAAAUACGCAAGGAGGCCAAGGGGAGGAUCAGUGACUGGCUUGGCAAGCUGGACGUCACCACCCCUCCUGCAGCAGAUGACUCUGUGCCCAUAGUGCCCCCGGUUGCCUCUCGGUUUGUCCCCUCACACGAAACUGAGUCUUUCCCUGCACAUGAACAAGAGAAAGGCAAUGCGAAAGGCUCGCCCGCGCCACCUCCUGAGGAAAUCUCAGCAGCGCCUAACCCUCGCUCCUCAGGAUUUAUCACAAGACGGUCAAAUGUCAUUUCUCGCGAUGAAGACGCUGUUGUUCAUGGCACUGUUCGUAUGAAGGGCAGUGAAGUUCCGCACGGUUCUAAGACCAUAUCCGACAACUCGCUGCGUGCCAGCAAAUUGCCUGCCUUAGUACAGGCCCACCUGCCUCGGGGUAAUGAUUCAAUCCUAGAUGAACUCCCACCAACAAGUAACCUCUUCCACCUUCGCCAUCCGCGGUAUACUCCAGUUACAAGUGACUCAGAAGUCAAAUACGACGUACGGUCUGCACGUGGAGGAAAAGGAGGCAAAGUCACAGAAGUCGCUCUCUUAUGGGCUUCAAAGACAAAAGAUGGCGAAGCUCCCCCCAAUCGCGCUCGUAGCACCCCCAGUGCAACCCCCCGUAACGCACAUGCGCGUAAAUUCCAACCCACACCGAUGCCCAUGCGAAUAUCAGGCAAAUCCCCUCUUUCAAAUGCUUCGACUAACACAGCAGUUCUACCGAAAGGUCAGCUUCCAUCCGAGAAGCAACCCCGGCCCCCAAAGUCAGCCACUUCGCCUGCCGUUAUCUCUUCAUCCCAUGCUACCCCAAUGCUUUCGACCACUGCAUCAUUAGCGAAGGUCUCCUCGGUCAGUGCGACUCCACGGAAGGCGCCAGCUUUUCCAGAGACGAUAUCAGAGCUGCCGUCAAAGGUUCCAUCUGCUCCUGCGGUCAGCCCAAAGCCUGCACGAUCUUCUGGAAAUAUGGCGUUUGGUCAGGCUCGACUGCGAGAUCUCAUCAAGAAAUACCAAGGAUCUUGAAGCUCUGUAUUUGGUGUUGUUAUUUAUCCGUUUUGCUUGACUUAUUUGGCUGGACUUUUUGCUAGUCUGACUACCUAAUGCUCCUGUGAUGCAUUGUUGAUGACUUGACCAACGACUCUCAUGAUCAUGACCUUUCCUCACACAACAUGGACUUACUUUUGUCUUUAGUUUUCGUCCUAUGUAUCCAGAAUCUGCUAUAUGCAUAAUAUAUCAAC